AUGUUGGCUGACCAGGGGGAGGUUCUGUUCGACCAAAAUGGCCAGGUGGAAAAAGUCAUGGUUAGUUCUGACCAGGAGUGCAACUCGCUGUCACCACCUACCGAACCUCGCAAAAGAAAAGGAAUUUCCUGGGUUUUGGUUGUUGCCAGCACCCUUUCGUGCAUCUUUCUCUACGCCAUAGAUAAUACUAUCACUGCCAACGUCAUUCCGGUAAUAGCAGAAGACUUUCAGAACACUGAUAAGCUAGCAUGGCUUUCAGUUGCCUUCAUGAUUGGAGGAGUGGCUAUGGUCCUUCCAUAUGGUAGAUUGUACGGGCUAUUCGACGUCAAGUCUCUGUAUAUUGCGUCUGUUAUCCUAUUUCAGGGCGGGUCAGCUCUUUGCGGCGGUGCGCCCAACAUUAAUGCGUUCAUUGUUGGACGAGUUAUUGCAGGAGUUGGCGGCAAUGGCAUGUACCUUGGCGUCAUGAAUAUCCUUUCUGUGAACACUAAUGAUAAAGAACGACCCAUGUACCUGUCUCUUGUUGGACUUGUAUUUGGCACUGGAACUGUCGUUGGUCCACUUAUCGGCGGUGGCUUUGCAGAAUCUCCCGCUACCUGGAGAUGGGGCUUCUAUAUAAACCUUUGCGUCGGCGCGCUAUUCGCCCCUGUCUAUCUGUUUCUUAUCCCAGGAUUCGACCCGCGUGGAUCCCAGAAAAUUCUUGAACGUUUCCGUGAGUUUGAUUAUUUGGGCGGGAUGCUCAGUGUCGCCGCGCUAGCAUGCAUAAUCAUGGCGACAAACUUUGGUGGUCCUAUGUAUGAUUGGGACAGUCCCCAGAUUAUCGUUCUUUUCGUUCUUACUGCGGUGUUUGCUCUGGCAUUUGGCAUCCAACAAGUUUACUGUAUCCUCACCGAAGAAGACCAUCGCAUGUUCCCCGUCUCGUUGCUGAAAAUCAAAGAAGCGGUUCGCCUCUUCAUAUGUAUGUCUGCAGCAAAUGCGGCUGGAUUCAUUCCAAUAUAUUACAUCCCAACGUACUUCGCCUUUAUCCGCGGCGAUGAGCCGAUGAACUCAGCUGUUAGGCUCCUACCGAUUAUUAUCCUUAUCAGCGCAGUGAUCUUCUUCAAUGGAGCAAUGAUGUCGAAGUUUGGAUACUACCAGCCCUGGUAUAUAACUGGAGGUGCCUUUGUGCUUGUUGGUGGUGUUCUGUUUUCUCGCAUCGGCGUCAAUACCCCAAUUAGGAAUAUAUACGGCUAUGAAGUUCUCAUUGGAGUUGGAUCUGGAUGUUAUAUUCAAGCUGGCUUUGCCGUCAUUCACUCGCUUAUCGAGCCUUCAAUGAUGGCAUAUGCGAUCAGUUUCAUGAUGUUAGCUCAGCUUCUCGGCAUCACUUUCGGCCUAUCGAUUUCAGGUGCUGUUUUUAUCAAUUACACAAUAAACGGCUUAGUUAAAACCAUCCCUAACAUCACUUAUAAUGAGGUUGAGGCUGCUCUUCUUGGAGUGAGCAGUAAUUUCCUCGGACGACUUACCCCUGAGAUUCAGAGGGCUUCUCUGGAAGUUAUUGCUGACGGUAUCAGGAAAGUGUAUAUUCCAGUCUAUGUGUCUGGUGCAGUGGGCUUAGUUACUGCGAUAUUUUUGAAUAGAAAGGGAAAGGUCCAUUCUUGA